AUGGGAAAGCUAGUGGCAAAGCGGAACAAAUUUGAUUUGAUUUUGGUCGCUAUGGAGCAGCCUCUUCAACCGCAGUCGGAGGCUGCGGAGAGUGCAGCUGAGGGUUUGGAGGACAAGGGACUGGUAGGAGUCCCUGUCGUGCUGGCUUGUGAUGCUGACGUGGCAAAAAGAGAUGUUAAUAGUUGCUUGCCAAAUUUAGAGGUCACAGUAGUUGAUGGCGCUGUUUUGAAACGGAAGCGUGGUCGUCCGGCCAAGGGAACACCAAAAGCAGUGCCUCUGGUGAAACAGAAGAAGGACGAGGAGGACGUCUGUUUCAUUUGCUUCGAUGGCGGGAGCCUAGUUCUCUGCGAUCGUAGGGGUUGUCCUAAAGCAUAUCAUCCCACUUGUAUCAAGCGAGAUGAAGCCUUUUUUCGAUCAAAGGCCAAAUGGAAUUGCGGUUGGCAUCUAUGCAGCGCUUGUCAAAAGGCGUCGCAUUAUAUGUGCUAUACUUGCACGUACUCUUUGUGCAAGGGAUGCACAAAAGAUGCUGAUUUUGUUUGCGUCAGAGAGAAUAAAGGUUUGUGCGGAAUAUGCAUGAGGACUAUAAUGCUGAUUGAGAACAGUGCCCAAGGAAAUAAGGAAAUGUGUGAAGUGGAUUUUGAUGACAAAAGUAGCUGGGAGUAUCUUUUCAAGGUUUAUUGGAUGUAUUUGAAAGGCAAGUUAUCUUUAACAUUUGGUGAGCUCCUACGAGCUAAAAACCCAUGGAAAGGUGUUGCUCCAAUGAGUUAUAAGGUUCAAAGUCCCCAUGAACUUUAUCAUCUUAGAGAUGACAAAGGUUCUGGUUCGGACAACUCCUGUAUAGACAUAGAAUCAAAUAAUUUGAAGAACAAGAAACCCAAGAGACAGCCAAAACUUCUUAGUAAUGCUGAUUGCCUGGACAGGAUAGCUUCAGGUGGUGACAGAGGUGUGACUUUUCCUGAAUGCACAAAAUGGGCAUCGAAGGAGCUACUAGAGUUUGUUGCACACAUGAAAAAUGGUGAUACUACUCUCCUGUCUCAAUUUGAUGUCCAGACUCUCUUGCUGGAAUAUGUAAAGAAAAAUAACCUUCGUGAUCCUCAACAGAUGUCCCAAAUUGUUUGUGAUUCUAGACUACUAAAUUUGUUUGGAAAAGCACGAGUUGGCCACUUUGAAAUGCUAAAGCUCCUUGAAUCCCAUUUUCUUUUAAAAGACAAUGGCCCUGCUGAAAAUACGUUUGGAUCAGGAAUUAUUAAUACUGUUGCUAGUCAAGGGGAGGCCAUUGGCAAUUACAAUAAACAGUUGAUGUUAGUUAAUGACAAGAGAUGUAAUUCACAUCAAAACGCUGAUGUUCUAGUUCCGCAGAUUAAUCCAGAUGCAUAUGCUGCAAUAGAUGUUCACAACCUUAACCUGAUCUACUUGAGGCGAUGUCUCUUGGAGAAUCUAACUGAAGAUAUCGAAAAAAUUCACGAGAAGGUUGUUGGUUCAUUUGUGCGGAUUAGAAUCUCUAGCAGUGAUCAAAAACAAGAUAUGUAUAGACUUGUCCAAGUUGUAGGUACAAGCAAGGUUGCUGAACCAUACAAAAUUGGCACAAGAGCAACUGAUAUUAAGCUUGAAAUUUUAAACUUAAACAGGAAAGAGGUCAUAUCCAUUGCUGAAAUUUCUAAUCAGGAGUUCUCUGAGGAUGAAUGCAAGCGGUUGCGCCAGAGUAUAAAAUAUGGUCUCUCAAAGAGAUUGACUGUGGGGGAGAUUCUUGACAAAGCAUUAACACUUCAAGCAAUUAGAGUUAAUGAUUUUCUGGAAGCUGAGAUAUUGCGGCUUAAUCAUCUUCGUGAUAGAGCAAGUGAAAAGGGGCAUAGAAAAGAAUAUCCUUUACCAUUUACUACUUUACUCUUUGGUCUACUUAACUCUCCAGAGGAACGUCAACGCAGGCUACAUGAAAUACCAGAUGUACACUCUGACCCCAAUUUGGAUUUUAUGUUUGAGUCUGAUGAAGAUGAUGGAGAGUCUGAUGAAAGGAAGCAAGAUAGCAAUUUAUUUUCAAAAUAUCUUGGGUUUGAUAGAAGAGAGAGGGGCUCUUUUUUCCCAAGAAUUUCGAGUGGUGUUUUCAACGAUGCUGGAGGCAAAACACAAGACUUGCCUGUUACCCGAGAACUAGUUGGGAAUAUAUGCACAGUGAAGGACUGUGAUGAUACAGCUAUCGAGGGUAGCACUAAUGCAGUUGUGAAAUCAGAAGUGUCCAGUGUUGCAGUGGACAUUUCAUCAUCACCUAUUCCUGCUGGGAUGCAGCAGCCACUUAGUGAUUUUUUGAAUGAUAGAUCAUGGAAUUAUCAAGAUCCAACUGGGAAGGUUCAAGGACCUUUUUCUAUGUUGCACCUGUACAAGUGGAAUGCAAGUGGAAGUUUCCCUCCAGAUCUCAAAAUAUGGAGACUAGGUGAGAGACAGGAUAACUCUAUAUUGUUAACCGACGCACUAAGUGGGAAGUGUUCCAAAAAUGUGUCAUUGCCAUUCAACAGCCCAUUGCUCUCUCUAGGGGUCAGUGUUACAUCGGAUAAUAAAGAUAAUAGUCAGGAUGCUGGGAAAAAUUCAGUGAAGAAUGGAAUUUCUGUAGAUGGGCAAAUUAUUGAACAGAGCAAAGAACAAAAGGUGGACAAUACCUCUACCCAGUCUGAUGGUAAAGAUGAGCUUGUUAGGAGCAAUGGAUGGCUUGGGCCACAACAUGUAUACCUUUCACCAUUGUCAACUGCCAUUCCUGAGAAAUUGAAUGAGAAUUUUUCUGAUAAAUUAAGGAAAGGUCAUGGGAGUGUGCGAAACUCUGAAGAUAAUGGAAAUAAUGGCUCAAACAGGACACUGGACGGGCAAUGUAAUAGUGGGCAAAGUUAUCAGAAGCCAUCAGAUAGUGAAGAGAAUUCAGGGCAAUCUUCUGGACAGACCUGGAGACAUUCUAAUGUGAAUAUCUCUUCCGAUUGCUUGGUUACCACAUCAGCUCAUGUUUCUGGUACAAAAACAUCACCGCAUAAGCUGGGAUUUGAUUUACACUGUCCUCCUUCCCCUCCAGCAUGUAACACAUCAUCUGGACAGACCUGGAGUCACCCUAAUAUACAUAGUUCUUCUGAUUGCUUGGUUAACACACCAGCUCAUGUUUCUGGUACAAAAACAUCACCGCAUAAGCUAGGCUUCGAUUUGCAUAAUCCUCCUUCCCCUCCAGCUUGUAAUACAUCUUCUGGACAGACCUGGAGACACUUUGAUAUCAAUAGUUCUUCUAAUUGCUUAGUUACCUCAUCAACUCACGUUUCUGGUACAAAAUCAUCACCGCAUAAGCUGGGAUUUGAUUUGCAUAAUCCUCCUUCCCCUCCGACAUGUAAUACAUCUACAUGGCAGGCAAUCAUUGGUGAGCCCAAUGACUUUGAUGAAUCAGUUUCAGAUCUGUUGGCGGAAGUGGAAGCAAUGGAAUCACUAGGUGGUGGCCUGGAAUCUCCCACUUCAAUCAUGAAAUGUGGUGACGAUUUGGCUGAAGGUUCUAAAAAUGAUUGUCUCAGCUUUGUUGCAGAGCUUGGCCCAAUGCUUGAUGCAGGUAAAGGUGAUGCACUGAGCUCCACUGGAGAUUUAAACUUACCAUCUCAACCAACGGCAACAGAGGAACCAUUACGGCAAGCAGAUGUACAUCAUCAUCAAAGAAUUUCUGCGGAGCAUUCUUCAAGAAGUUCUAAAGUUGAGGUGGGUACAAAGAACGCUAGUGCUUUAGGUAAUCAAUGGGAUUCAGGCUCAGAAAAUUCAGCCCUUGUUCCAUCUCCUGCAACCUUGGGCCUGGCUAUAGACACCACUUGGAGACUUGGGCUAGAGAAUACACACUUGGGAUGGGGUGGAAUAGAUCAAGGAAAUGCAAAUUUGGGUUGGGGAGUAGGACAAACAACAGUGCAGGAAAACAGGAGCUCAAAUUCAUACACUUCUGUAGUAACUCCAGGUUUUGGGGAUAGCCAAACAAGGUACGGUGGCGAUCGAUUUUCUGUACCCAGAGAUCGGGGUUCUCAAGGUCAUGGUAGGGAAUCGGGUUUUGGUAGAAGCAGAAUUGCAUAUACCAGGCAACCUUCAUAUGGUGGUGGAAAUGGAGCCUCAUAUCGGCCUCUGCCCAAAGGGCAGCGAGUUUGUAAAUUUUAUGAAAGUGGGUACUGUAAGAAGGGAGCAUCCUGUGAUUACUGGCACCCAUGA